AAAAGUGUAAAAAAAAAGAUCGAGUAAAUAUUUUUCAGACAAAAAUUCAACAAUAAACCGGGUUUACGCGGAUUUUAUGUGAAAAUGUGUGUAUUAAGUGUUGAAUAAUAAUUAUGCUGUAGCAGAAAGAGCGAUAUAAUCAGAUAAAAACGUCCCAAGCCAAGCCCCCUGCCAGUCACCAUGGGUCCCUGUUGUGUAGAAGGCUGUGAACUCACCACCGAGGAGACAUUCUAUUUUGAGUUCCCCACAAGCCGUACGCUGCGUAGGAAGUGGUUGGAGCUGAUCCCUAUCCCCGGCAAGCUGCUGCUGGGCACCGUGGUCUGCAGCCGCCACUUCAGUACCUCGGAUUAUGAGAAUGUGAGGGGGAAGGUCCGGCUCAAGAGCAAGGUGGUACCUAGUCUGCUGUUGGAUGCUAAGAAACCGCCACCAAAUGACACGUCUCCCAACGAAGCCACGUCACCAGCACCCACAAAAGAAGACAAACAGAAAUCACCACCACCAAAACCAGCUAAAUCACCAUCACCAGAAAAAGAACAGGCCAAAUCACCCACAGAACAGGAAGUUGCACCCACAGAAAAAGCCAGAUCACAUACGAAACGGGCUAGAUCAUCCAUACAGCAAGAUAAAGCCGUAUCACCCACAAAACGGGAUAGGUUACCUAGUGAACGGGACAGGUCACCCAAAGAACCGAACCGAUUGUCCAAAGAACGGGAUCGAUCAUCCAAGGAAAGGAACAGUUCAUCCAAAGAACGGGACAGUUCAUCCAAAGAUCGGGACAGUUCAUCCAAAGAACGGGACAGAUCACCCAAAGAACCGGACAGUUCAUCCAAUAAUCAGGACAGGUCACCCAAUAAUCGGGACAGAUCAUCCAAAGAACGGGACAGUUCAUCCAAUAAUCGGGACAGAUCACCUAAUAAUCGGGACAGAUCACCCACGGAACGGGACAGAUCACCCGUGCAUCCCCCAAAAGCUAGAUCCCCGUCCCCUACGAAGCCUGAAACGACAGAAGUACCCUCUCUGAUGGAUGCUGAGAAACUUAUAGAUGAUUUACAAAAGGAGGCGUUGUCUAAUAAAACUAAGGUUGGCAAGAAACACAAUGGAGUUAGCCGGGAACGCGUGCCUUUGGUACAGAGCGCCCCCCCACCACCACCAGCGCCGCCUAUAGACCAAAAAGAAGACAUAGAAGAUAUGAUAACAAACUACCACAUUAAGAACAAGGUGCCCAACCCCGCUCUCCUGGCGGACCUGGCCCCCCCACAGCCGGAGACGGGGGGGUGCCCCCCACUGCCACCACCACUCUCGGAGACGAUAGAGAUCGAGGAUAUGAAGGAAGCGGAGCCUGUCUUCAUUGAGCUGUCCGUUGAUAAAGAUGGAACCACGACAGGCGGUGGUAACGAAGACUGUCUGAUGGUGCUGGAGAGCGUCCAAGUGGACGUGGACCCCAGCACACUACUCCUGGCGCAAGAUGAUGAAUAUUAUCGUGAUGAAGAGGAACCUAAGAAUGAUAACAGGAAAGACGAUCCGAUCAGCCUGCUGACCUCCAGCGAUGAAGAUGACGUCAUUCUCCAAGAGCCGCACAUAGACACGGUCGAGGUAUCAGACGAAACAGACGAGGACGACAAACCACUAGUCACCCUCGUCAAGAAUAAACCCACGAAAAAAAUGAAGGUUCUGAAGAAAAAGCCAAAAGAUGGCAGAAGAAAAUUUCGCUGGAGCCUCUGUGACUUCUACUGCGUACAUUGCCAUUAUUCCACGAACGAUAGCUUGGAAUACAACAAGCAUCUCUCCACACACUCUACUGUGUUACAAGUCUGUUCCAUUUGCAGCUAUACGUCCGCAAGUAAGUCCAACUUCGCUAGACAUACGCGCAAUCAUAAAGUCGAAAAGAAAUUUAAAUGUCACCUUUGUGAAUACAAAGCUAGGCAUAAAAUGAGCCUCAUUUAUCACCUGAAAAGCCACGAUCCGCAAGAAUUAAACGCGGCCCCAACGCUAGCAAAUUUCAUCUGCAAAAAUUGUAACUAUAGGUCCAGUGAUAAAGUUAAAAUAUUUAGGCAUCUACAAACUUGUGACGGGAUUAAAAGGCAUUACUGUGAUAAUUGCGACUAUGUUACUAAGAAGCGGAGUGAUCUGAAACGGCAUCGGUCGAGGAAGCAUCCUGAAGAGUGUGCUGAUGAGGAUGGGGACAUUGAUUGUGAACCUAAAUCCAAUGGGGAUAAGACUGUUGUUAGGUUAGUGGAGUAAUGUACAGAGAGAGAGAGAGAGAGAUGGAAUGAAUGUGUGAGUGGGACAGUAUGAUGUUAAUGUAUGUCUGGUACAUACGAUUCCAAUUUAGUUUUAAGCUAUUUUAUUAAGUUAAAUUGUGUUUCGCUAAAAUGUAUGUAUGCGUUUAACUCCUGAACGAUUUGAUUAGCUACUGACACUCAUCUCAUAGCUUUGUGGUUCCAUCACUCCAUGUAUGGUUAGGAGUGGAGAACCUACCUUUUAUACUCGAAGCUGGAGCUGCUCAAAAACCAGAAAAUGACACUGCUAGAUCGCAUGCAGCGUUACAUACACAACCCAGAAGCUCUAGACUUAUUGGAUCAAAUGAUGCAUCUGGAUCCAAUUAAGUGGUAUGGUGCUGAAGGAGCAUUUAAUUAGGACUUCUUCACUGUCUGCGACUAU